CUUAUUCUAAGUUAGGUAGGCAUGCUGCAGCUAGACGAUCUAAACUUGCUUUUAUAUUCCUUCGAUUAUUAACUUGUUCAGAUUUAGAAAGUGAUUUGUCUAUGUUGUUUUGUGAUUCUAUGUCUUGUGAAAAGUCAAUAUUUUGUUGUGUUGCAAAUAAGUUGGGUUUAGUUAAGCAGUUAAGUGUUUCUGAUGCUGUAGAGUUACAUAGCCAAUUAAGGAUGCCCACGGCUGAAUUCCUUAGACUAAGACGUAUUCUGUGUAAUUUUGGUGCAAGGAUUCUCCCAUCUGAGCCCAAGAUAAGACAAGAACAAGAAAUGCAGAAAAUGCAUGUCAAUAAAGAACAUGUCACUGUUAAGUCCAUGUUAAUUUAUCCAUCUGCGAAUGAAGCAUUAUCUGUACUGAUGGUCAAGAAUUUGACAACUUAUAUUGAAGAGGUUUUUAAUAAUCUUUAUGUACGCGACCACCUUAAUUCAGAUGUCGGUUUUGGCGAAGAAGUUUGGCUCCUUUUUGCUAGUGAUAAGGGUGGGAAGUAUAUGAAAUUCUAUUUUGAAGUUGUCAAUUCUAAAUCAUCAGGGUCUGUAUACGAUGUUCACUUGUUUUGUAUGUAUCAGGGUUCAGACUGUCGUGAGAAUAGUUCUCAGGCAUUUUGCCAACAACAUUAAAAGAAUUCAGUCGUCAGAUUUUAAGCUAAAAGGCAAAAUAGUCAGGUUGUUCUUAGGUAUAGAUUUUCAUUUUAUCGAUGAUGUUCUGGGACACCAGGGUUCAGCUGUAUAAAACUGUAUAAGUUAUUGUUGAAGGAGUGUAAGACUUUAGAUUGUCAAGCUGUUUUGUCUUUGUCGCAUAAUGAGAAUGUGAGAACGAAUGAAUUGUGGACUGCUAAAAGCGUUGAAUGUUCUAAAACAGCAGAAGCUUUACGUUUAUUAGGAAAUCUACAGGCGCGUUGGUUAGCUUUUAAUAAAAAUAUUUCUAAAUUUUCUCUAAACUCCUCCAAUUCCUCCAAAAAAAUUUCUUUUAUACUUAAAGAUAUGAAGGUUGAGCGACAAGCUUACCAUGGUAAUGUAUUUGUAGGUAAUCAUUGCAAAAUAGUAUUAAGAAACCACUAUAAACUUUGUAGUGUUAUUGAUGAUGAAGCAAUUAAAAAUAGAUUUGUACGUGUGUUAAGUGUUUUUAAUAAGUUGCAACCUAUUCUUUUUUGGCCAAAAUUUCUUUCCGAUGCUGAAAUUACUGAGCUUCAUCAAUAUAUAAAUUUAUUUUCUAUUGAGUUUCAUGCUUGCUUUCCAAAUGAAAGUAUCGCACGAAAAAUGCAUGAACUUAUUUUUAAUGUGCCACUAUUUGUAAAAUUCCAUGAAACUAUUGGGUUGCUAAGUGAAGAGGAGGGAGAGUGUUUGCAUAAUAGCGUAAAUAAGGAAUUAAGACAGUUGCAUUCAGUAAGAAAUCAGGAGCAGAAGCUGCAUCUUGUUUUAAAACGCUUUGAAUUGCACAGCAAAGCUGAUAGGAAGCUUCAAGCCUCUAAGGUGAGAAAGUGUGUUGUGUGUUCUGAGCGUGGUGAAAAUUCAUUUUAUAGACAAGGUCUUUGUCUUGUUUGUGGUCAUCAAAUUGAGUUAAAAUAUUUAAAAAAUUAAAAAUAACAACAACAACAAAAAAACUAUUUACAAGUAAGAUAAAUUAUAUGAGAUCUUUAAUUUAUAUAUAAGAUAAUUUUAUUCUGUUCUAAUAUCUGUGUAAUGUUAGUUUAAAAUAUUAUUUUUUAUUAUAUUGAUUUUAUAUAUUAGGUAGGUGCCCAUUCUGUUCCUAUCUUCAGAAGUUAUUUAUACCUAUGCAAUACCUUUGCUCAGGUUAAAGAAUGGAAUACUAGUCUUGCAUCAAAUAUAUUUUACAUAUUCAUUCGAUGUUUAUCACCAGAAGUUAGUUCUACCUUUGCAGUACCUCUGCUCUACAUACCUCCUCGCUGGUUAAAGAAUGGAAUAUAAAUCUCAUAUCAAGUUGGUGUAAAAAUUUAGUUCAAUAAAUUAAGAAUUUGUAAACGUUAUCAAAAUUUUGAGUGGAGCAAUUGUUUUUCUGGUUUAGCAUGAGUAUGAAUCUGAUAUCAAUUGGAUGUACAAAGAUAGUUUACAACUUAAAGAACCUAUCAGUAAACCAGCUGAUUAUUAAACAGUUUUUAAUGGGAAUAAAAACAAAUUUUUAAAAGAUUUCAAUUAGCUAUUUGUA